GUGUGUUUAUUCAGUGCUGGUGGGAGGAAUGGAAGGAGGUUGGGCUUGGGAAUUAAGUCUGGGUUUAAGAGCACGUGGACCAGCAGGGGCUAACCAUUUCUCUACAGACGAGCAUCCAGGGCACUUUUCAGGAAGAAGGAAACCCUGGGAGGGAAGAACCUGGGGAACAGGAGAACGCAAAAAUCUUUGAGGCUACUUAGGUGUGGAGGAAAGAUGAAGCUGACUCUGGUACAGAUCUUCUUUAUGAUGUUGCUGCUGUUACUGGGCCUGGGGGUGGGUCUGGGGUUGGGACUUCAGAUGGCUGCCGCAGUCCUCGAGGAUAGUGAUGAGUCCCUCAGUGAGUUUUUGUCUAGCGACUCAGAGGACAAGACCAAAGCCACUAAAGGAGAGGGCAUCCGAACUACAGAAACCAUGCUGCUUAGCAACAAAGGAAUAGUGCAACCUGGCUGGCCAGAAGAGACAAUCCUUGGUGAAGACGAAGUUGGAGGGAACAAGAUGCUCAGAGCUGAAGCUCCCUUGCAGAGCAACAAAGACUAUCUCAGGUUUGACCUGAUGGCCAGGGAAUGCAAUGCCCUGAUGGCACACAAGGUGAAGGAACACAACCACACAUGCAUAGCCCAGUACACAUUCAUCCACGAGGAUCUAGAUACAGUCAGAGCUGUCUGUAAUAAUCCUGUUGUUGCCUGUGAACUCAAGGGAGGCAAAUGCCACAAAAGCUCCCGUCCUUUUGAUUUGACAUUCUGCAAGUUAUCUAAACCAGGCCAAGUCACUCCUCACUGUAAUUACCUCACUUUCAUUUUUGAAAAGUUUAUUAUUAUAUCCUGUAAUGACAUGAAGGUCCAGGUGAUGUCUGGACAAUGAAGCAACUUCCCUUCUUCUUCCCCUUCCCCUUCUCCUCUUUCCCUUCCUUCCCACUUCUUUCUCAUACCCUUUUCCUCCUGUUAGGUAUUCUGCAAAAAAGGUUCUGGGAAGAGAGGCUGACCUAUUCCUUACCACUGUCCCCUGAAAACACAAUUCUUCAUUGUCCUAGGUUUCACCCACCCUGCAUCUUUUUUUGCUGGGGUUACAGUUGGCAAAAUAGGGUAAUGAUAUAUGGUCUCUCCAGGUCCUCCAUCACUCCUGCCCUGGAAAGGGAUCAGUGAAGAGAUUCUCUAGUAUCUUCUGUGAUCCUUGCCACCAGUCUGUUCCCUGGUAUGUUUGUCUUUGGAUAUGGACUACAGGAGCUCACUGUAGUCCCAUGUCCUUCCCUGUGAUCCAUGAGCCUCUAGGACAAUCACGUGAGCCCCUUGGGCUUUCCACACAGCACCCCUGCACUGCAGAAGCAAAUCAGUGACUGUAUCUAGGGCUGUAGUACUGCAUCUGGUGAACCAUGUGGAUAAGUUUUUCUUGAGUUACCCAAAAUAGAAGUUUCAGGUAAAGAAUUGUGGACCUGUAUACAUGAUUUAAUUAGCCUUUAAUUAAUUUGAGUAUACAAUAUAUGACCCUAUGAAGUCAUAAGCAUCUUUGUAGAAGCAACUAUAUUAUAAGUUUCUCCUAUAUUCUUCUUUGGCACAUUUAUUGAUUAUCUGCUUGUUGAUUAUCUGGGACCUUUUCAGGAGUUAUAAAAAUUGUAUGAAACAUAGAAUCAUUCAAGAGAAGCAAGUUUUCUGAUCCCUGUCAAACACUAUGCAGUCAAUAAAAACUUCUGAGUAGCCUGAUUCACAUUUCA